AUGGACAAGGUGUUUACACAUAUGCUGACACUGGGUCUAAGUAUGUUGGCACCUGGGCCAGUGGUAAACAAGAUGGAGCUGGAGAACUUGUCCACUUAAACCACCGUUACCUGGGGAAGUUUUCCAGCAAUACUGUAAGUACUGUGUCAGCAAGGUGUAUGUGAUGUAUGAGUAUAGUGUGAGUAGUGUGUGUAUACACUGUAUGAGUAUAGUGUGUGUAUACACUGUAUGAGUAUAGUGUGUGUAUACACUGUAUGAGUAUAGUGUGUGUAUACACUGUAUGAGUAUAGUGUGUAUACACUGUAUGAGUAUAGUGUGUGUGUAUGUGCUGUAUGAGUAAUGUGUGUGUGUGUGUGUGUAUGCACUGUAUGAGUAUAGUGUGAGUAAUGUGUGUGUGUGUGUACUGUAUGAGUAUAGUGUGAGUAAUGUGUUUGUAUGUGCUGUAUGAGUAAUGUGUGUGUGUGUGUAUGCACUGUAUGAGUAUAGUGUGAGUAGUGUGUGUGUGUGUGUGUGUAUGCACUGUAUGAGUAUAGUGUGACGUGUGUGUGUGUAUGCACUGUAUGAGUAUAGUGACGUGUGUGUGUGUAUGCACUGUAUGAGUAUAGUGUGACGUGUGUGUGUGUAUGCACUGUAUGAGUAUAGUGUGACGUGUGUGUGUGUAUGCACUGUACGAGUAUAGUGUGAGUAAUGUGUAUAUGUGAUUUUUGAGUAUAGUGUGUGUGUGUGUGUGUGUGUAUGCACCGUAUGAGUAUAGUGUGACGUGUGUGUAUGCACUGUAUGAGUAUAGUGUGACUAGUGUGUGUAUGCACUGUAUGAGUAUAGUGUGACGUGUGUGUGUGUGUGUAUGCACUGUAUGAGUAUAGUGUGACUAGUGUGUGUGUGUGUAUGUGUAUGCACUGUAUGAGUAUAGUGUGACUAAUGUGUGUAUGCACUGUAUGAGUAUAGUGUGACUAGUGUGUGUGUGUAUGCACUGUAUGAGUAUAGUGUGACUAAUGUGUGUGUGUGUAUGUGUAUGCACUGUAUGAGUAUAGUGUGACUAAUGUGUGUAUGCACUGUAUGAGUAUAGUGUGACUAAUGUGUGUGUAUGCACUGUAUGAGUAUAGUGUGACUAAUGUUUUUUUAUGCACUGCAUGAGUAUAGUGUGACUAACGUGUGUGUAUGCACUGUAUGAGUAAUGUGUGUGUGUGUGUGUGUGUGUGUGUAUGCACUGUAUGAGUAGUGUGUGUGUGUGUGUGUAUGCACUGUAUGAGUAAUGUGUGUGUGUGUGUGUGUGUGUAUGCACUGUAUGAGUAAUGUGUGUACAUGCUGUAUGAGUAUGGUGUGAGUAAUGCUUAUAAUAUAUUGUAAAGCAUUCCAGAAUAUGCUGGCGCUAUAUAAAUACCAGUGAUCAUAAUAUAUGCACAUACCCUGUUCUGUUUUUUUGUUUUUAUCAUUUUUAUUUUGCUUCUAGCUCCUUGGACCCGGGAAGUACGUGUUUGACAUAGGGUGCGAGCAGCAAGGCUCGUAUGUGCAGGUCGAGAAGGUAAUAUUAGCUAAUCUCUUUAUCUUUGAAUUGAAUUAUAAUAUCCAGUAUUGAGAUUUACCCCUUAAGGACACAAGAAAUUUUUUGCUGUUUGUGUUCAACCGCAAUUUGCAUUUUUCUUAUUUAAUGCACUAACACAAUCCAAAAAGGGAUUUAAUUUGAUCUGAUAUAUACAUAUAUAAAUUCUAAUUUAUUAUAAAAAAUAAAAAUGCUAAAACAUCAAGAGAAAUUUUUUUUGGCAAUAAUUAUGUGUGCACAAUAUGUCCAGUUUAGGAAAAGUAAUUCAAACUAAAUUCAUUUGUGUCUUGAUUUAUAGAGUACAUAAUAUGUACAGAAUUUCAGUUUAGAUUGUGUUCCAAAGAGAAGGAGCCAACGUUGUUGGAUGACCCUUUAAAAAUAGAGCAUACAAAUUCAAGGUAAAAAUCCCAAAUCUACAAUUUAGAUUAAUCUGGAUAGAUUUGCAAAAUAUUAGAAUUAGGGAAGAAAUUCUCUAAAAGAUCAUACCAUCACAUAACCAAUGCCAAUAUACUAGGAAAAUUCCUUUUUUUAGGUGCAAGGACAAAUGUCAAAAGGUAUGUCUACUAAAUAUCUAAAGAAAAGUUUAUACACCACCUCAUUAGAAGAUUUCAAGAUUUAUUGGAAUGUACCUCAGUAAAAAAACCCUGUGGAGACUGCCAUUAAGAAACAAAGAAACUGUUUCAAGAAAUGUAUCGAAGUACCAUCCCCUUCUAACGAGAGUGAAUAGUAGACAUUUGCAAUUCGUUUCUUUCCGAAUGUGAAUUCGGACGUAUUUCGGGCAAUUCGGCCAUUCGGAUUCAUCCGAAUGUCCAAAUAGCUGAAUUGCUGAAGUGCCGAAGCACAGUAUUGCCGAAGUAUUAAUAUUCCUACCCAGUGGAAGAAUGUUACACUGUAUACAAUUUUAAAUAAAAAGUAUACAAACAUAGCCAGGAUUCAGCUGUAAGCAUUUGCAACACUUACAACAAUCAAGUAACACACAUUCAUAUAAAAUGUAAGUUACUUAGCCUGUCAAUGGAAUGACAGAAAUGAAUAAGUAGAUAACUCCCUAAUUCCCAUGGUAUUAGGGAGCUAUCUACUAAAAGGUUGAAAGACCUAAAUUGAUUUUUCAGCCAAAUUUACUAAUACUUAGUAUAAGUAAAUUUUGCCCCUAUUUGCUAUACCGCGAAUAGGGGCAUGUCUAUUAAACAGGCUGCUCCCUGUAAAAAAAAAAAACAUUUCCCACCCCUGAAUGGCAGGUGGGGGCCCUAAAGAAGAAUAAGGGGGGACCUAUUGUCCGGCCCCCACCCCUGAGAGGCGGGGGGGGGGGCCCUAAGUUAAAAUAAGGGGUGGGACCUAUUGUCCUCCCCCCACCCUCACCCCCACCCCUGAGCGACGGAUGGGGGCCUUAAAUAAUCAUUUAACUCCCUUCCCCAUCCCAGGUGACUAGGGGUCCCCAAACCACUAGUCACCCCCCUCCACGUUGUGUAAUUUGACUCAUAACUCUCUGGUUACUUUCAAUCCACCAAUCAGAGUAUUGUUAUGAGUCAAAUUACACAGCGUGGGAAAAUUCCAAAGAACUUUCCCAUGCUGUGUAAAAUGACACAGAGUACUCUGAUUGGCUGGAUUUCAAGCUAACCAAUCAGAGUGCUGUGGCAGGUAAAUGUAGAGACUUACCUGUCAGUCUCUUCAUUUACCUGUCAGAGAACUCUGAUUGGAUGGCUUAAACCCACCAACCAGAGUGCUCUGAGCCUAAUUGCAGGGCGGGGCAAGGUUUUAUAAGCCUUUCCCCGCCCUUCAGAGCUCUGUCUGCGCGGAGCCCUCCAUGGGUGAAGAUGGAUUUUUAUUUUUUUAUUUUAUUUUUGUGUGCUUUUUUUGCGCUCUCACUGUUUAAUUGACAUGCCCCUACUCGCGGUAUAGCGAGUAGGGCAAAAUUUACUAAUACUAAGCAAUCAGCUUAAUGCAGGUCUGUUGCCAGUGAAAGCCAUCUGGUCUGCUUGAUAUCAGCAAUACUGGUACACAGGAGCUCCUAUUCCUCUAUUCCUGAUUAAACCUAAAUGAAAAUUAUUAAAACCUCCACAGCUGGCUUGGCUAGCGUGCCCUGGCACUGUCCCCCAGUUUAAUAUCAAUUUUUUUAAAGGAAUAUUUUUAUAUACCUGCCUAUAAUUCUACAACUGUGAUAAUACAGAAUUACUACUUCCUCAUUAUCAAUGUCAGUUUCAUCCAACCUCCCAUACCCCAUACACCCCAGCACUCUCGGCCAGUCAAAGCUGUCAAGCUUAGGAGACAUUUUCACCAUUAAUGUCGAUAACCUGGGGUCAGUGGCUGGGUCUGAGAAUAGCUCCGGUUUACAUGAAACACUUCUUUCAUGGUUUGAUAUUAAACUUUAUCCGGCACCCAGCCUCUGCCUCCUUUUUUCCCUUUUUCAGGGGAAAACGGAGGCAGAGUAAAGGGACUUGCUCAUAUUCAUUUAUUCUUUGCAUGCCUCUUCUUGGGAUGUAAAUCAUGGUGAAAGAACAUGUGAAGACAAAACUCACAGUGCAAGUAAGGUCAUGAGAUGUCCUUCAAAGCCAGAGUAGUUAUAUACUGUUUCUGGAAGCAUCCCUCUGGUAUUUUACUGUGAAUAACUGAUUGUCUCCUACCCAUGAUGUGACAUGUAUACUGAUACAUCGGAUGGGUUCUGCUCUGUUGGUUAUUUAAUAGCAUAUAUAUUGGACCUGUAUUUCAUUUAUUCAUGAUUAGUGACCUGCAGAUAGAUGUUUACACUUCUAGUCCAUAUGGACUCAGUAUUUGACCUCGAUUCUUUUAUAGGAAGUAAAAAACUGGAGAUUUGAUAACUCACCUGGUAGAGAAGACACUUUUUUUAGAUAGCAUUGUAUUGGUCUAAGUCGCUUUUCUAUAAUUAUAUAGAAAGCGUGGCUCCCUGUUCUCUGGUUCUUGAUGCUAUCUGUAACAUAUGAUAAAUAAUAAUCUCUGUAAAUUGGUUUGCGCAGUUACCUCCUCCCAGGACAAGCAUCCAGGGUAGAACCGGAGGCCGAUCCAUCACCAUACACAAGAAUCCUCCCAUUAUUGAGGCAUUUGUGCUAAUGGAGGCCAGUCCUGGCCAGGUUCUCAUUGGCAUGGUUUGCUGUGAACAGGCUCAUAAAUGCAUGGCUGAGAGUGACAUGUGUAAGAAUGCAUGGCUGGGAGUGCUGUGUGUAGAUGCAUGUUAAGACUGAUGCAUAUUCAUAUUUUGUUUGUAAAUGCAAAAGAAAAAUUACUAGACACACUUGCCUGUCUGGGCAUAAAUUUUUCCAACUUGGUUUUCGGCUUGCCACAAUGCACUGUUUAGUGAAUGUUCCCCUGUAGUCGCACGUGAGGCAGUGUUUAUGCAUCUCCCACCUGUCGGUGCUCAGUCUGGAUCCACAGAGAAUGUCUUCAUCAGUUUACAGAAAAGCCAUAGCUGUAUAGCUCACAUAUUGUGCCCUGCCAGAAUACACAACAUAAACUACUCUGUAUUAAUACAUUAAUGGACAUCCUUGGCAGCAGACUAUAUUUCACUAACGUGCUUUUUUUUAAAUGAUAUUUAAGGAGAAGGAAGAGGAGGAGGAUGAAGAGGAGCCACUGGCAGUGCCAGUCACCAAAUGGAGAGCAGAGAAAAUAUGUAGCCAGUCUCUGUGGUCGCCCAAUGAAGUGGUGCAACCCCCUGCGCCAGGUGAGUACAUAGAUAAAGUGAGGAGCUGGGCCAGACGAACUGUGAGGGGGUCACAUGGCAUAAUCAUAUUAAUCAACUGCAACCUACAUGUUUUUAAUCAGUGGCUCACUCUCAAAACUCUGUAACACUCUGUUACUUUGUUAGUGUUACUGUGUAUUCACUUUGUCACAUUGUUAGUGUUACUGUGCAUUCCCUCUAUUACAUUGUUAGUGUUUUACUCUGUAUUCCCUCUGUCACAUUGUUAGUGUCACUGUGUAUUCCCUCUGUCUCAUUGUUAGUGUUACUCUGUAUUCCCUUUAUCACAUUGUUAGUGUUACUCUGUAUUCCCUCUGUCCCAUUGUUAGUGUUACUGUGUAUUCCCUCUGUCUCAUUGUUAGUGUUACUCUGUGUUACCUUUAUCACAUUGUUAGUGUUAUUCUGUAUUCCCUCUGUCACAUUGUUAGUGUUACUCUGUGUUCCCUUUAUCACAUUGUUAGUGUUAUUCUGUAUUCCCUCUGUCACAUUGUUGGUGUUACUCUGUAUUCCCUCUGUCUCAUUGUUAGUGUUACUCUGUAUUCCCUCUGUCACAUUGUUAGUGUUACUCUGUAUUCCCUCUGUCACAUUGCUAGUGUUACUGUGUAUUCCCCCUAUCACAUUGUUAGUGUUACUGUGUAUUCCCUCUGUCACAUUGCUAGUGUUACUGUGUAUUCCCCCUAUUACAUUGUUAGUGUUACUUUGUAUUCCCUCUGUCUCAUUGUUAGUGUUACUCUGUAUUCCCUCUAUUAUAUUGUUAGUGUUACUCUGUAUUCCCUGUGUCUCAUUGUUGGUGUUACUCUGUAUUCCCUGUGUCUCAUUGUUGGUGUUACUCUGUAUUCCCUCUGUCACAUUGUUAGUGUUUCUGUAUAUUACCUAUGUUACAUUGUUAGUGUUACUCUGUAUUCCCUCUAUUAUAUUGUUAGUGUUACUCUGUAUUCCCUGUGUCUCAUUGUUGGUGUUACUCUGUAUUCCCUCUGUCACAUUUAGUGUUUCUGUAUAUUACCUAUGUUACAUUGUUAGUGUUACUCUGUAUUCCCCCUAUCACAUUGUUAGUGUUACUCUGUAUUACCUCUGUCUCAUUGUUAGUGUUACUCUGUAUUCCCUCUAUUACAUUGUUAGUGUUACUCUGUAUUCCCUCUAUCACAUUGUUAGUGUUACUGUGUAUUCAGUCUGUCACAUUGUUAGUUUUUCUGUAUAUUACCUAUGUUACAUUGUUAGUGUUACUCUGUAUUCCCUCUAUCACAUUGUUAGUGUUAAUGUGUAUUCCCUCUAUUGUGAGUGUCUGUAUAUGAUUAUCUGUGCUUGGGGCACAUUGAAGCCUGACCUUGAGUUAAUGUCAUGUUUUACAUUAAACUCUAGCAGCUAGCUGGUCUCCAGUUUGGAGGGCUAAUUGGAUGCUAAUUUGACAACCCUUAUGUUUUCUCGAUUAAGUGGUUGGAGAACCUGCCACAGGGGAAGUAGCGGAAGUCACUGAAGGUGAAGCUCCAGUUACAAAUCCAGAGCCUGGUCCAACAGAACCUUCUUUAGAACAGACACAAGAUGAUGCCCCAGAGGUGACUGAACCAACAGCAGAGCCAGGCACAAAAUUACCUGAUGUUACAGAACAAAGUGAAGGUGAGAAGACUCUCAUAUUUUGGAAUAAUCACCUUCACCUAUUGCAAGAGCUCUUGUUUAAGAUGUGGCAGGAGUAUGGUCAGAAGUAUGUGAUUCACAUCACCAAGGGAGACACAGAUACUUCUUUAAUGCCUCCAAGACACGUCAUAUACAAUGUGUGUGUAUAGUAAUUAGAAGCAUAGCAUUUAUAGUAAUUCAAAAAAAAUAACAUUUUAGCAAUUAGAAAAGUAACAUUUAUAGUAAUUAGAAGCAAAACAUUUAUAGUAAUUAAAGGCACACAUGAUAUCAAUAAUACAAUAGAUUUCAUAGUAAUUAGAAGCAUGUGAAACAGAUAAAAGGAACUGCACUCAAAUCCACUUAAAACCAGACGCACUGAAGCAGGACCAUCAAAUCCAAUACAAGUAUAACAGGAAACAGGAAAAAUCUUCAGGCACUCACGGAAUAAAAGCCACAGGCAGAUUUAUUGGAUCAAAAAGGCAAAGCAACGUUUCGACCUACUGUGAGGUGUUUAUUAUUUAGCAGGUUGAAACGUUGCUUUGCUUUUUUGAUCCAAUAAAUCUGCCUGUGGCUUUAAUUCCGUGAUUUCUCUUAUUUCAGUAAUUAGAAGCAUAACAUUUAGAGUAAUUAGAGGCACACACAUUAUACAAAUGAUACAACAGAAUUCAUAGCAUAACAUUUAGAGUAAUUCUAAGCAGAGAAUGUAUAAUAAUUCAAAGUAUGGUCUUUGACCCAUUACCUUCUAGAUAUCAUCGAAUAA